CCAUUCUUAAAAAUGCUUCAUCUUCCAGCUUCCAAAAAUCCCUCACAACGAUAUCACAAGUCAACCAGGAUAUGUUCAAGGAACAGAAAUCGGUUGGGUGUCGCCCUUUACCUACUAUUUUUCACCAAACCCACAGUCUCCCAAGUAACUGAAGCAUUCACUGAUCCCGUCACUGGAAUCAACUUUCAACGGUUUUUUGGGGCGAGAACUGGAUUCUCCUUUGGUAUUGCACUUCCAGAAAACCCCAGUACAGACUUCAUAGGACAGAUCAGUUGCCCUAUCCCCUCUGGCUCAGGAUGGGCAGGAAUCGCUCUUCAAGAUGACAUGGAAGGCCCCCUUCUCCUUGCAGCAUGGCCCAAUGGUGACACAGUGGUCUCAACCUUCCGUGUUGCCGAGGAUGAGGACGAAAACCCGCCUGUAGUUCAAGGGGAAUUCAGAGCCAUCGAUAUUCCCUCGGGAACUUCAGUAAACGAUACACACAUGACAUGGACGUUUCUAUGUCAAAACUGUGUUGGGAACGGUGAAACUGGAUUCACAGCUCAGGAUACUGCAGGGACUGUGGAGAUGGGAUGGGGACUUGCGGAUAGGGCGGUCAGUAACGCCGGCGAUCCCGCGGCUGAGCUUUCCUUUCACAAUGUAGGAUUUGGUGGUUUUGAUGCUGUGUUGAGUUUGGCGAGGAGUCCGCUUUUUGGGGAAUGGGCUUUGUUGGCUGGAGUGGAAAGUAAUGGGUCUACUACACCUAUUUCUGUACUUCCACCGGGAACUUUUGUCGGAGGGGAUGGCGGUGAUGACGACGAUAGUGGUGAUGAGAGUGAUGAUGACGAUUAGGUGUUUCUGGUUCUUAAAUCUGUUUGGAUAACACCAAAUUGGCGUUUUCGAGUACGGAAAAGGAUGCUUUUGUUGAUUUGCUUCAUGGGGAUCACGUUAUUCACUCUUUGGUAAAAUUAUGCAAACUGUUUCACUGAACAAUGUAUACGGGCGUUAUUGAAAAGUUGUCUGCUCGUUGCUCAUUGAAUAAUUGAAUGGUUCGACGGUGACGCUAGCCUAGAAGUAGUGCCGUUCAUUAAUUCUACAAAAACACCCGCAAUUUGUUUAUUAGGCAUUAUUUUAGAGUUGUGGUAUCUUUCUUCUGUUGUUUCCAUAAAACAGCGUAGAUCAGCCUGAAUGCGCCCAUGCAAAUCCCUACUCCU